GCGCUGGUGCUUCUCCAGUUUUCCUCCUCCUGGCGCUCCCUUUAUGCGCCGGCUACAACGCAGCAGCUUGGCUCGCAUUGCAUCCACCACCAGAGCGGCGUGGACGCGUCAGGGCAGCAGCAGCAGCCUAUUAGGAGCGAGAGCGGCGCCGUACUGCACCAUGGCGGGACGAUCAGGGGACGACGCGAUGGCGGGCGUGGCCACGGGCGGCGUGGAGGACGCCUACGGCGAGGACCGCGCCACCGAGGACCAGCCCGUCACGCCGUGGGCCGUCUGCAUCGCCAGUGGCCAUUCUCUGCUGAGGGAUCCGCGGCACAACAAGGGGCUGUCCUUCACGGAGAAGGAGCGGGACGCGCACUACCUGCGCGGCCUGCUGCCUCCGGUGGUCCUGUCCCAGGAGCUCCAGGAGAAGCGGCUGCUGCAGAACGUGCGGCAGCUCGAGGUCCCGCUGCAGCGCUACAUGUUCCUCAUGGACCUCCAGGAGAGGAACGAGAGGCUCUUCUACAAGCUCAUGAUCGACAACGUCGAGGAGCUGCUCCCCGUCGUCUACACGCCCACCGUCGGCGAGGCGUGCCAGAAGUACGGCUCCAUCUUCAGGCGCUCGCAGGGCCUCUACAUCAGUCUCAAAGACAAGGGGAGAGUACUGGAGGUGCUGAGGAACUGGCCAGAGAAGAGUAUUCAGGUCAUCGUUGUCACCGACGGCGAGCGCAUCUUAGGCCUCGGAGAUCUUGGCUGCCAGGGUAUGGGAAUUCCCGUGGGGAAGCUUGCGCUGUACACGGCCCUUGGUGGUGUCAGGCCAUCUGCCUGUUUACCCAUCACUAUUGAUGUGGGGACGAACAAUGAAGAGCUACUGAACGACGAGUUCUACAUUGGAUUACGGCAGAGAAGAGCUACGGGCCAGGAAUACACUGAGCUUCUGGAUGAGUUCAUGGUUGCCGUGAAGCAGAACUAUGGACAGAAGGUUCUUGUCCAGUUUGAAGACUUCGCAAAUCACAAUGCGUUUACCCUUCUCGACAAGUACAAGGCGACCCAUCUUGUCUUCAAUGAUGAUAUUCAGGGAACGGCUGCUGUGGUUCUUGCGGGCCUUAUGGCUGGUCUGAAGUUUGCUGGUGGAACUUUAGCUGAUCACACAUUCUUAUUCUUCGGUGCCGGAGAGGCUGGUACAGGCAUUGCUGAACUAGUUGCUUUGGAGAUAUCAAUGCAGUCCAAGACUUCACAGGAAGAGGCUCGCAAAAAUAUCUGGCUUGUUGAUUCAAAGGGAUUAAUCGUGAGUUCGCGUAAAGAUUCUAUACAGCCCUUCAAGAAGCUAUAUGCACAUGAGCAUGAACCAGUCAAAGAUCUUUUAAGUGCCAUCAAGGAUAUCAAACCGACCGCACUAAUAGGAUCAGCUGGUGUGGGCCAAAGUUUCACAAAAGAGGUGAUCGAGGCUAUGUCUUCGAUUAACAAGAGACCAAUCAUCCUUGCGCUAUCCAACCCAACAUCGAAAUCUGAAUGUACAGCUGAGCAGGCAUAUUCAUGGAGUCAGGGCCGUGCAAUAUUCGGGAGUGGAAGCCCAUUUGAUCCAGUGAAAUAUAACGAGAAGCUUUUCGUGCCUGCCCAGGCGAACAAUGCGUACAUCUUCCCAGGAUUUGGCUUAGGUGUAGUGAUCUCCGGGGCGAUAAGGGUGAAAGACGAUAUGGUCCUUGCUGCUGCUGAGGCCUUAGCCGAACAGGUCACGGCAGAGCAUUUCGACAAAGGUCUGAUCUAUCCACCCUUCUCCAGCAUCAGGAAGAUAUCAGCUAAUAUCGCGGCUCGUGUCGCUGCGAAAGCCUAUGACCUUGGACUGGCAAGCCAUCUCCCUCGCCCAAAAGACUUGGUGAAGUACGCUGAGAGCUGCAUGUACAGCCCCAUCUACCGUUCAUACAGAUGAAGCCAUGGCGCCUCAUACUCAGGCCACAAAUAAUGUUCACUUGAACCUAGACUGUAACUUUGUACAUUGCUCCCAUCAGGCUCGUAUGCUUGUUUCGUCGUAUUUCCCUUGUUAUCAUAUCAUGUAUAAAUGAACUGUAAAGGCAGACCAACACCAACAGGGUUCAGUUCUGUGUAAUCGUGUAAUAAAAUUGCGAGCAUGUUCAGUUGUGUAUGAUCAUAGUGCAUAGUGGGAUCCAUUACGGGGAACUGUCUGCUGAUCAUAGGUGUCUAGUGUGAACUACAACUACACCAACAUACAGUAAGACCAUUUUUGAAG